AUGCACGACGAUUUCGGUGCCCGUCUAGGCACCACGGGCAAUUGGUCGUCGUGGCACGCUGGCGGUGAUCUUCCCGCGCUCAACAUUCCCGCACAAGUCAACGACUAUAUUGAUGUGGCGAUUGCGAGCGUUUCAAGUCCAUCUUUGCUCGAAGUGCGUCUAUUGUCUGCAAAAUAUUCAUUUGAAUGGAUUCAUCAUGAACUGAGUGUUACCGAAAACUUUAAGCCAUUGUUGAACGCACGGAAAAAUGAUUUGGCGGUUACUUCGAUUGGUGACACCUGGUAUCGAGCGAUCGUGUUGAAGAGGGAAACCGCUUCCGAAGUCUUGGUACAUUUGCUGGAUGAGGGAGAUGAAGAACGGGUCGACUUUCGAGCGCUUUACAAAAUGCCUUCAUCGAUCACUCACGUGCCUCCACUUGCUUUUCCGCUUUGUGUACCUGAAUCGUUGUGGGUUGGAAUCAGGAAAGAGGAUUUACAUCACGAGCUUGCCAAUGUCAAGUUGACUUUCAGAUUGGAAAACACAAGAAACACUUGCUUCACCGGCAACGAUUUUCAAGUCUAUGAUGAAGAAACUGGAGCGCUAAAGCCAUUAAAAGAAGCACUUCAACAAAGGACAAAGCUUGAUAGAGUCAAUUACGUGCUUGCUCAGAAGAUUAAUCACAAAUCAAUGGAGUUACCAUCAUUCCCAACUUUCACUUCGGCGACGCGAAAUCAAAUGAACAAGAGACAGAUGAAACGAUUGGGACAAGAGCCAUUUAAUCAAGGACAUGAAGAUCCCACCACGAGGUUGCCGACUUCAACGAACAUAACAAUUAUAAAACCAUCGAGCGAAGGACUUAGUGUUGGUGCUAUUGUUGCAAUUUGUAUCUCUUCGGUCCUCUCCAUCUUGCUCCUCCUUCUCGCAAGUGCUCUUUGUUUUCACUUUUUAAAGAAGCAAAAGUGGAGGAAGCUUUUUGGGAAACGUUUUCGCGAUGAAGAAAAAGCUACAGUUGAGAGUCGAGAAGACAUGGAAUCUGAGAGAAAGGAGGAUACCGAACGGGAAACACGAGUCGCUGCUGGUCAUUCUGCAACGAUUCUCAGACAAAAGAAGGCACUUCCACCUUUAUCCAAGCAAACUGAAUUGAACUCCAGUCAACCUCCACCACAACCAGCUCAGCAAAUCGCUAUGGUUGCCGAUAGUGCGACUGCAAUAACUCCGUUGGACCAAGCGAGCCGUGGAGAACCUGAAGAAGAACGGGGAUCCGAUAAUCCUCCACCUAUCCACCACGAGGAGAAAGUCGCCAAGCUUGACCCACAAAUUAUUGGCAGAAUUGGAACAUUGAUGGCCUUGGGAAAAAUGAGGAGUGCGGAUGAUAAGAAUCAUCGCAAGUCGUCGAGUAGCGUUGAUCCGACCCAAAUAUCGUCAACGCGUCCAUCAUUGUGCUUGAGUGAUCGACAAUUAGAGCGAAAUCAAAAAUCUGCGUUGACUACUCCGAAUCCAACUAUGAAGAGCAUUACAAGCAUCCGAAACACAAGUGAAUCCGUAUCUUCUCGUCCCAAACACCGUCAACAAUCGGAUCAACACAAGAAUGGCUCCUCACUUCUCGUUUCUCCGGCGAUGCAAACCACUCAACGGGAGAGCGACUCUACCUCAGCUAAAAGAAAGCUAAAAGAAGAGGCAUCGAUGAGAACGGCUAUUGCAAAAACUGAUUCGACGCUGAGCAUGGCAAAACGUUUGGGCGCCGGUCGUGAGCAAGGAGUUUGGGAAGAGAAUUCGACGAUCGACGAAGAAGAGGAGACUGAUGACAAGAAAAUCCCUGAUAACUUGAUGCUUGGUGUAGAGAAAGAGCUCUACUAUGGUACAACGUUUGACAACCCAUCAAAACCUUCUUCCCAUCGAUCGUCUCAACCGAUGUCCAUUCACGAAUCCGAUCUCGAGCCUCCUCAUUUCACACAUAUCAAACAGAUUCUUGGUGCACCCGCUUCACCUCCAAUUACAUGGGCUCUCACUCCGCCAAGUGAUUUUUGCUUAUCUGACAGAAGUGAUGCGAUCAGCAAGAUGAAAAUGGCAUCUGCGCCUCAGCUUGUUCAACAACAAUCUUUGGAACGAAGUCGCUCUAAAGGCUUUGAAUAUGAGGUCUCGACAGACGACAAAAUUCGAGUGAAUGAGCCAAUGGAUUUCACUACGACGCACUCUGGAGGUCCAAUCACGGCCAUCUUAUCUCCGGUACUUGAUGAAUCGAAGGAUCAUAACACCAAAGAGAAGAUAACUUCCAAGCUCUCGCCCAUCGACGCUGACUUACAAUCUUCUUCAUUUCACUCGGCGAUGAGUGAAGGUGUGAACGAUUAC